GUGACUGUGGGCCACUGCCAAAUAUCAGCCAUGCAGAGCCCCCAGAGGAUGUGAAACACCAGGAAAGCUUCAGCAUUGGCUCCACAGUGAGGUACAGCUGUGUUACAGGGUACAUGAAACGUCCCUUGCUCCCUGACCUGAUCCAGUGCCUCGAAACCUCCCAGUGGUCCAACCUCCAGGAGUUUUGUGGCCGUAGCUGUCACGUCCCUCGACACGUGAGAUUUGCUCAGAUCUCACAGGAAGAUCAAACAAAGAAUUUUUACCCUGUUGGUACCACAGUGAAGUACAUUUGUCGCUUAGGCUUUGAGAAUACCACAGACCAACUCCCCAACAGCACCUGCCAGGAUGACUUAACGUGGUCAGAAGUCCCUGAGCUGUGCCAGACUAUUUCUCGCCCUCCUCCUCCAGCCACUCCCAAUGGGCAGCACAACAGCAGUGGUACAGGGGAGUUUCUGUCUGAGCCAGUCACAACAUACACACUUGACCCUGGGCUGGAGCCUGUGGGAAAUGAGACUCUUCGUUGCACGACAGAGAACGGGGUCGAUGGCAUCUGGAGUGCCUGCCAGCAGCCACCAAAGUUUGCCUUUGCGGAGCUCGUCACACCCGUCCAGGAAUCCUACGACGUAUGGACCGAGGUGGCAUACAAGUGCAACACGGGGUAUGUGUUGGCUGGGGGCAAGAGCCCCGUGCUCAUCUGCCUCCCUGUCUCCACCUGGUCAAUGAAUCCUGAUUUCUGCAUUGGAAAGUCAUGUGGGCAACCACCUAUUAAGAAUGGCAACUACCACUACAAGACCAACCUGAGGCUUGGGGCGACAGUAACCUACACCUGUAACCCUGGGUAUGUGCUGGUUGGGCAACCAAGUGCAGAGUGUGUGCUUACUGGUGAUAACGUCCAUUGGGAUAGCAUUCCAUCCUGUGAGAUUGUUCUCUGUCCACCACCUCCUGCAAUCAAGAAUGGGCAGCUCCUCAAUGGGGGCAAAGAGUUCAGCUUUGGCAUGUCUGCAAGCUACAGCUGUGACAAAAAUUAUACUCUUGUUGGAGAUGCCAAUAUUUACUGUACAAUGGAUAGUGGAGCAAACAUGAUCAUUGCUGGAGCUUCAGUCUGUGCUGGGGCUCGGAGCAUGGUGCUCACCUUCACCCUCUGCCUCCUGGGCAGCUUCACUCUGAUCCUGACCACUGCAGCUAGGGUUCAAGUUCCUAUAUGCCCAUUCCCACGUGUCCGGUAUGGCACGAGAGUAUUUGCUGCUCAGCGUAACUACAGGGCUGGGGACACCGUAAGCUUCACCUGCAACAUGGGCUACACCUUGCAGGGCUCCAGCACAAGCACCUGUGGAGCUGACUCCAGAUGGAACCCACGACUGCCACUGUGCAAAAAGGGCAUUGGCUGUAAGGCACCCAAGGUGCAAAAUGGGCAUGUCUACAAGCUGCAGAGCAUCUACAGAGCUGGGGAUAUUCUUCAGUUUGACUGUGAAGCUGGUUAUGCUGCAGAGGACACGUAUGAGACUCGGUGCCAGCCUGGGGGGACCUGGGAUCCCCCAGUGCUCCUCUGCCAGAGGGUCCGACCCUGCCCAAUGCCUCCACAGAUCACCAAUGGAAACCACAAUGGUCAGGGCAAAACAAAUUUUACGAUGGGAAUGUCUGUAACAUACACCUGUGACAGUGGCCACUACCUGGUUGGAAAUGCCAAAGUGUUUUGCAAAGCCUCACAGAUCACCAAUGGAAACCACAAUGGCCAGGAGGUGACAUGUCCUCGGCCACCAAGCAUUGCCAAUGGGCAGCACAGUGGACAGUCCUUGGAGAAGUUUUCCCGGGGAGUGACUGUGUCCUACAGCUGCAAAGAAGGCUACACACUGGUUGGGAACGUGUCCAUCACCUGCACAGAGGCUGGAGUGUGGAGCAAGCCCCUGCCCCGCUGUGAAGGCAUUGGCUGUAAGGCACCCAAGGUGCAAAAUGGGCAUGUCUACAAGCUGCAGAGCAUCUACAGAGCUGGGGAUAUUCUUCAGUUUGACUGUGAAGCUGGUUAUGCUGCAGAGGACACGUAUGAGACUCGGUGCCAGCCUGGGGGGACCUGGGAUCCCCCAGUGCUCCUCUGCCAGAGGGUCCGACCCUGCCCAAUGCCUCCACAGAUCACCAAUGGAAACCACAAUGGUCAGGGCAAAACAAAUUUUACGAUGGGAAUGUCUGUAACAUACACCUGUGACAGUGGCCACUACCUGGUUGGAAAUGCCAAAGUGUUUUGCAAAGCCUCAGGGACCUGGAGCCAGCCCAGCCCUCGCUGUGAAGAUCUCCUGUUUGGAUCAACAGUGGUCUACAGCUGUGAAGAAGGGCAUAGGUUAAUUGGAACAUCCAGCAGACGAUGUGAGAUUUCUGGGGGACGUGUUGCAUGGAGCGGUGACGUUCCCAUAUGUCAGCGUAUCCCUUGUGAGCCACCUCCGGACAUUCCCAAUGGGAAGCACACGGGCAGGCUGCUGGAUGAAUUCCCUUAUGGCACCUCUGUAACAUACACCUGCAACCCUGGGUUCCCUCUCCAUGGAGAGUCCUCCAUCCACUGCACCACCCAGGAUGGGAAGAACGGCGUGUGGAGUGGGCCCCCGCCGCACUGCGGAGAGACAAGUUGUCCUGUCCCACGGGUCCAGAACGGGAGGAUCGUGUCUCCUAAGGCUGCCUACACGUACAAGGACACUGUGACCUUUGAGUCUGGCUGCAAUGCACCUCCCAGGUUGGAGUUUGCUGAGUUGAAGAGGCUCUACAGCAGCCAGACUGCCUUUCCCGUGGGGAGGACAGUGGAAUACGUGUGCCGGCCUGGUUAUGCCCAGCACCCAGGGAUGCCACUGACCAUCACAUGCCUCAGGAAUCAGACAUGGUCUGCAGCACUGGAGUUCUGUAAAAGGAAGCAGUGUCCUAACCCAGAGGACCCAGUGAACGGCAGAGCUGUUGUCCUGACAGAUCUCCUCUUUGGGUCCAAAGUUAAUUACACUUGUGAUGAAGGGUACAAGUUGGUUGGAGGCUCUCAGAGAACGUGCGAGGUCUCUGGCACACGUGUCUCAUGGAGUGGAAAAGCUCCUGCCUGCCAGCGUAUCAUCUGUGAUCCACCUCCAGACAUCCCCCACGGGAGACACAAUGGGCACUUGAGGGACACCUUCUCCUAUGGAGAAGUGGUCACCUACAGCUGUGACUCUGGCCACAUGCUGAGUGGAGAGCCCUCCAUCUCCUGCACCACGACAGAAGGGCAGCAGGGCACGUGGAGUGGGCCACCCCCACAGUGUGAAGAGCUGAGGUGUCCUCCCCCUCCAAGCAUUGCCAAUGGGAAGCACAGUGCCCAGCCCUCAGACACCUACCUGCCAGGCUCAGUUGUGCAGUACACCUGCACAGAGGGCUACUCCCUCAUGGGGAAUGCCUCCAUCAGCUGCACUGCCAGAGGAACCUGGAGUCGGCCCCGGCCCCGAUGUGAAGCAACUGGCUGCAACAGACCAGAGAUCAACAAUGGAAGAACAACUGGGCUGGAGACCACGUACAGACUGAUGGAUAUUGCUGUCUUUGAAUGCAAUUUUGGUUAUGCCUUGAAGGGCUCUCAAGAGUCUCGGUGCCAGUUUGGGGGCAAGUGGGACCCUCCUAUCCCCACCUGUGAGAAGAUGCCACAGUGUCCUUCCCCUCCAAACAUCAAAAAUGGCCAGCACGAAGGCAAGGACGUCAAAGUGUUUGUCUCUGGAAUGUCAGUGAAGUACUACUGUGACCCAGGGUAUGUCCUCACUGGGAAAACAACAGUUUCUUGUUUGCCAUCUGGAUCCUGGAGCAUCCCUUACCCCCGGUGUGAAGUGGUCACCUGCACAAACCCCAGUGUUCUGGAUGGAGAGGUGGCUGAAGGCCAGAGUGCUGUGUACCAUCCUGGGGCCACUGUCACCUUCCAGUGCCACUCAGGCUAUGAGUUGCGGGGCAGCAGUGAGGCCAAGUGCCAGCCCGACGGCCGCUGGGUGCCUGCUGUCCCCACCUGUGAGCCAGCCCUGGCAGUGCUGCUUUGUCCUCCUCCUCCCGUCAUCGCCAACGCCACGCACAGCGCAGAGCUGGAGACAAACUUCACCAGUGGCAUGUCCGUGAACUACAGCUGCCAGCCUGGCUUCUCCCUCCUUGGAGACCCUUCCAUCACGUGCAUGGCCUCGGGGAACUGGAGCCUCCCAUACCCACACUGUACAG